AUGGACAAGGUCUUUCACAGAUGUUCCUCCCACACCCUUUUUCGACACGGAAACUGCCAGUUUUAUCUGACAAAACACUGCCCCCUCCCUACCUCACCAGGAGAGCAUCAGGGACUGAAGAGCCUCCUCCCAGUGGCACUAGUCAGGAAGCAUCACCAUAGCAACCCAGUGGCAAACAAUGGUACCAGAAAGGCCUUUCCCCUAAAGCCUCCCCUCCUGGCUCUGUGGCUCAGAGGAAGACUGACCUGCAGCUGGAAAAAAAACCUCCAAAGGCCAAGUAUGAGCUGUGUAUCUCAUGUCAGGGAGCCUUUCCUGCAGAUGGUCCAUGCCAGAGAUUCCUUCCCCACCAACCAGACUUGGAAUCAGCGUGAGUUCUUCCUCCCCCAAAAGACCACGGAGUUGCCAGGCUUCACCAAGCAAACGUACCACAAGCUAGCUCUGAUGCGGCCACCACCCACUCAAAUCAAGUCCAAGGUUCGUCACCAGGUACUCUGUCCUUGGGAGAAUGCAGCCCGGCACACCUGGGGCUUUCACACAUGGCUCGAUGUGGGACGAUUGCCUGCCACCUUCCCCACCAGGCCGGACAUACCCUAUGAUAGCAAUGUCUGGCGCUUGUUGACUCAUUUCAAUCCCCACCGUCUCCCGGAUGCACAAUCUGCCAUCCCUCCACCCUCCUGGAUGGGUCCAAACAGCUUCCUGACCUUCAUCAAAUCUACCCCCAUCUUCAUGGACUCGGACAGGAAGAAGCAGGUGAUCAUGAGAACAGUGAAAGAGCUGAAGGAGGUAGAGAGACUCAAGCUGAGGAGUGAACUAAGGGCACCUCCACUCGAUGUCCAUGGCAAUAUUCUGCCCCCACCAAACUUCAAGAAGUCCCAGUACAUAUCCGCCGGUGGAAGGCUGUACCGUUGGGACCUCCGGAUCCUACCCAACCCACUUCCCAAUAAUCUCACCAAGACCUGGCCCUGCCCAAAUGUUCUGCCUCACUACCAGGAGAUGGCCCUGAAACUGGUUCGGCUGCCCAGUGUGCCCCUGAACGAAGACCUUGUGAAGAAUUACCAAGCCCUGUUAGAGAACCGGGUUGCCAAGCCCCUCCAUUACCUGUCCAAGGCAAAACCUGCCAAAACAUCAAAGGGACAGAAGAAAAGAAGACCUGGGCAUUUCUAAAAGAGCCUCCAGAUGGGAGGAGACCAGAGUGGGCCUCGGGGUAGGCAGCCUAGCCUCCUUCAGCAAGAAGCCUGAGGAGGCUGAGGACUCUAGCUUCUAGAGAAUAACCCUUUCACCAGCCCCCAGCCUCAAACCACCUCUGUGUCAGGCUCCUGGAGACAUUACUGAAGCUCUGAACUGUUCUGUGUUUUCCUUGGCGGACUCAUAGUUAUAUGGGAGAACUGGGGCAGAGAGGGGGUAGGGCCGCUAGAAUUUCUGGGCUGAGAGAAACCGUCUCAAAAAAACAAAAAAAAAAAUUAGAAUAAGGAAUGUUGAGAUGUGUGGUGUGCGUGUGUGCACAAGGGAGGGUGCACAUGUGUGCGUGUGAGUGUGUGUGUGUGAGUGUGUGUGUGUGUGUGUGUGUGGAAGAAUGGUAAGAAAUUUGGGUAAGGAAUAUAGCUCAGUCGCAGAGCACUUGCCUAGCAAGAGUGAGGUCCUAAGUUCAAUUCCCAUCACACAUACAAAAAAAAAAAAAAAAAAAA